CUCUGUUCUUUGACGAUAUAUUGGAAUGAGAUGGAUGACAGUCUUUCUGAUGUAUUUCACUUAAGACACUUGAGGCUUCUUAGAGUGUUGAUCCUGGAAUGCUCAAAUGACAGUGGUCCUCAGUAGCGGCAAUUCAGACACGGGAUUUUCACUUCCCUUCGAAUUUGAAAAAAUUGUGGAUAUGUGACUUUCCUCUGACAUCGGAUUCACUAUCAAUAAUAGGGAUACUUCCCAACCUUGAAGUGCUGUCCCUUCUUAGAAAAAUCAUCCAAGGGGAAGAAUAGAACAUGGGGGAGGAAGACACCUUUGUGAAUCUCAAAUAUCUGUCUUGAUGCCACAUAUAGUGACCAUUGAUUAUAACAGCGACUUAUUUGGGCUUAAGAAAAGGCAUUCUGGUAAACACCUGUAUUCUUUGAGGAUAAAUGGAGACAAGCUGGAUGACCGUCUUUCUGAUACAUUUCACCUAAGACACUUAAGGCUUCUUAGAGCGUUGGACCGGGAUCCCUCUUUUAUCCAGCUGAAAGAUUUUUUGUUGAAUGAAAUAUGCAUGUUGGUUCAUUUGAGGUUCUUAAGCAUUGUGGAUAGAAGUGAAAUAUCUGCCUUUAUCUUUCUCAAACCUCUGAAAUCUAGAAAUCCUGUCGGUGUAUAAUUAAGGAUCAACCUUGGUAACAAAACAGUUCAUGUAUGGAGUCGUGACUAUUGAAAACACACAUUUAUACAAAAGUAAAACACAAGCUAGAACCUACCCACAACCGCUGCAAAUUGAGACAGUCGCCUCUGAGCUUGCCAAGAUCAGGUAUUUGAAUAGUAGCAUAGCUUAAAUUCAAAGAGGACUAGAUAGUUGGAAAGUAGGCUGGCACAGCAUCCCAAAACCCACUCAAGCCUUUGAGUUGAUUGCAGCCUGAAAAAACUUGAGACACAUUUACGAAAACUUCAGAAACAUCAGCCUCAUGUCAGCAGAGUAGGAUCUGGUACCAAAUUCAACCAACUUCGAAGCAUGAUGAAGUAAGUUUGGAAUUUUCUUGAUGAAAACAGCAUGAUUGAGCCGAAGAGUCCUCAAAUGAGGAGAGCGAGCAACUAGACGCUCCAAUGCUGAGAAGCUGACCUCAUAAGCCAAUGGCCACUCAGGUCUUCUACUUCACUUUCUCCCAGGUCCAGUUCUCUCAGGUUCCUGCAGCAAAUAAUUGUACUCUUUAUACAUCAGUCUUGAGAACUUGAAGGGGAAGGAAGGAAACUUUACUUUUUCACUAACUAGUGAAAAUUACAAUCAUGGAAAGAGGAAAACAAAAUCAAGAAGAAAGAGAGGAAGAGAAAGCAAAUAACUCAUCGGAAUCAUUUUCUGCUCUUCGCAAGGACGUUGUCAACUUUCUGGAUUUCAUGGAGAGGUUAAAGAAUGAAGAAGAUCAAAAUGCUGUUGACGUGGUCGAUCAAAUUGAAAAGCUGAAAUCAGAGCUGGCAUUUAUUUGUACAUAUGUCCAGCUUUCUUAUUCCGAUUUGGAGCAGUUUGAAGAUAUAAUGACUGUCAAAGGACAAGAGGUUGAGAAUCUGCUUCAAUCAAUUCUGUAUGAUGUUGACAACAACGUCGGGUGUAAAUACGACAUGCAUCAUGUCCUUACUAGCCUCAGGGUUAACAUCAGUCAUUGUAUCAGCUCACAUCAUCAUUAUAAAUCAAGUGCCACCAUGCUUGAGGAGCAGUUGAACUUCCUCCUCCUGAAUCUCCAUCAUCUAUCAAAGUUUCUUGCUGAGCAGAAGUUUCCGUUAGUGACUCAGUAUGAGAUUCUUCAGAAUGUGUGUGGCAACAUGAAAGAUUUCCAUGGGUUGAUAGUGAAUGGUUGUGUUGAGCACGAGCUUGUUGAAUAUGUCUUACCUCAGUUUCAAGUCAUGGCUGAGAGAGUAGGACACUUCAUUUGGAAUGAUCAAAUUGAUGGAGAGUCUCGACUCUUCAAGCUAGCACAUCUACUCAUGAAGAUUAUUCCGAUUGAGUUGGAGGUUAUGAACAUUUGUUUUACAAAUUUGAAAGCUUCAACUUCAGCAGAAAUUGGACGCUUCAUUAAGCAACUCAUGGAAAUCUCUCCGGACAUUCUUAGAGAUUAUCUGAAUCAUCUACAGGAGCACAUGAUAAAUGUUAUUACCACAACUACUUCAGGGGCUCGAAACAUUCAUGUCAUGAUAGAGUUCCUAUUAAUUAUUCUUUCUGAUAUGCCCAAGGACUUUAUUCAUCAUGACAAAUUAUUUGAUCUUUUGGCUCGUGUUGGAGCACUUACCAGGGAGGUAUCAACUCUUGUUCGCGACUUAGAAGAGAAAUUAAGGAACAAAGAGAGUACUGAUGAAACUAAUUGUGCAACCCUAAAGUUGCUGGAAAAUAUUGAACUCCUCAAGGAAGAUCUAAACCAUGUUUAUCUGAAAGUUCCGGACUCAUCUCAAUGUUGCUUCCCCAUGAGUGAUGGACCACUCUUCAUUCAUCUGCUACUCAUACACUUAGAUGAUUUGCUAGAUUCCAAUGUUUAUUCAAUUGCUUUAAUAAAGGAAGAAAUUGGAUUGGUGAAAGAAGGCCUAGAAUCCAUAAGAUCAUUUUUUGUGAAUGUUGAGCAAGAAUGGUAUAAAGAUCUUUGGGCAAGUGUUUUAAAUGUGGCAUAUGAGGCAAAAGAUGUAAUUGAUUCAAUAAUUGUUCGAGAUAAUGGUCUCUUACAUCUUAUUUUCUCACUUCCCAUUACCAUAAAGAAGAUCAAGCUUAUUAAAGAAGAGGUCUCCGAUUUACACGAGAAGAUUCCCAAGGACAGAGGUCUCGUUGUUGUAAACUCCCCCAAGAAGCUAGUUGAAAGCGAGUCAUCACCGGCUGGUAAAAUAAUUGUAGGUUUUGAGGAGGAGACAAAUUGGAUAAUGAGGAAGCUCACCAGUGGACCUGCAGAUCUAGAUGUCAUUCCGAUAACUGGUAUGCCGGGUUCGGGUAAAACUACUUUGGUGUACAAAGUAUACAAUGACAUAUCAAUUUCUAGUCAUUUCGACCUUCGUGCAUGGUGCACAGUCGACCAAGAGUAUGACGAGAAGAAUUUGUUGAAUAAAAUUUUUAAUCAAGUUAAUGGCUCUGAUUCAAAAUUGAGUGAGACUAUUGAUGUUGCUGAUAAGCUACGGAAACAACUGUAUGGAAAGAGGUAUCUGAUUGUCUUAGAUGACGUGUGGGAUACUACUGCAUGGGAUGAGUUAACAAGACCUUUUCCUGUAGUUGAAAAAGGAAGUAGAAUUAUUUUGACAACUCGAGAAAAGGAAGUGGCUUUGCAUGGAAAGCGCAACUCUGCUCCUCUUUACCUUCGAUUGCUAAGACCAGAAGAAAGUUGGGAGUUAUUAGAGAAAAGGGCAUUUGGAAACGAGAGUUGCCCUGAUGAUUUGUUGGAUGUUGGUAAAGAAAUAGCCCAAAAUUGUAAAGGGCUUCCUUUGGUGGCUGAUCUGAUUGCUGGAGUCAUUGCAGGGAAGGAAAAGAAAAAGACUGUGUGGCUUGAAGUUCGAAAUAAUUUGAGUUCCUUUAUUUUGAACAGUGAAGUGGAAGUGAUGAAGGUUAUAGAAUUAAGUUAUGACCACUUGCCACAUCACCUGAAGCCAUGCUUGCUUUACCUUGCAAGUUUUCGAAAUGACACUGCAAUGGACAUCUGGGUAGUGAAAGAUUUAUGGCGUACUGAAGGGCUUGUGGAACAGACAGAGAUGAACAGUGUGGAAGAAGUGAUGGAUGUUUAUUUGGAUAUCUUAAUUUCCAGCAGCUUGGUAAUUUUUUUCAAUGAGAUAGGUAGGUACCCGACUUGCCAACUUCAUGAUCUUGUGCAUGACUUUUGUUUGAUAAAAGCAACAAAGGAAAAUUUAUUUGAACAGCUAAGUUCAAGUGCUCCAUCUUCUUCUUCAGAUUUGAUGCCACGUAUAGUGAACAUGACUUAUGACAGCGAGUUCUUUGGGCUUAACAAUUUUUUCCUGUUCAGUCCAAAAAAGAAAAGGCAUUCUGAUAUACACCUCUAUUCCUUGAAGAUAACUGGAGAUGAGCUGGACGAUCGUCUUUCUGAUAUAUUUCACUUAAGACACUUGAGGCUUCUCAGAGUGUUGACCCUGGAUCCCUCUUUUAUCAAUGUGAGUGAUUCUUUGCUGAAUGAAAUAUGCAUGUUGAAUCAUUUGAGGUACUUAUUCAUUGGGAUAGCAGUUAAAUCUCUGCCUUUGUCUUUAUCAAACCUCUGUAAUCUAGAAAGUCUGGUGGUAGAAAACGACGCAACAACCUUGGUACUACUACCGAGAAUUUGGGAUUUGGUAAAGUUGCGACUGCUAUCCAUGACUGCUUGUUCUUUCUUUGAUUUGGAUGCAGAUGAACCAAUACUGAUAGCAGAGGACACAAAGUUAGAGAAGUUGACACAUUUAGAGUAUCUCAAGCUUUCCUAUUCAAAAGACACAGAGGAUAUUAUUGAAAGGUUUCCCAAUCUUCAAGAUCUUAGAAUUGAUCUCAAGGAAUCAUGGGAUUAUUCAACAGAGCAAUAUUGGUUCCCGAAAUUGGAUUUCCUAACUGAACUAGACGAACUAACUGUAUGUUUUGAAAGUUCAAUGUCAAAUGACAGUAGGCGCUCUGUAGCGACAAAUCGUCCAUGGGAUUUUCACUUCCCUUCGUGUUUGAAACAAUUGCGGUUGCUUGAUUUUCCUCUGACAUCCGAUUCACUAUCAACAAUAGCGAGACUCCCUAACCUUGAACAGUUGUCCCUUUAUAAUACAAUCAUCCAGGGGGGAGAAUGGAACAUGGGGGAGGAAGACACCUUUGAGAAUCUCAAAUGUCUGAAGUUGAGGAAAGUGACUCUUGCUAAUUGGGAAGUUGGAGAGGAAUCCUUUCCAGCGCUUGGGAAAUUAAAACUGCAGGGAUGUUGUAUGCUUGAGGAGAUUCCGCCUUGUUUUGGGGAUAUUUUUUCAUUGAAAAUUAUUAAACUUGUAGACAGCCCUCAACUUGAAGAUUCCGCUAUGAAGAUUAAGGAAUAUGCUGAAGAUAUGAGGGCAGGAGACGAGCUUCACGUCGUUGGCCGUAAGAAUAUCCCCUUAUUUAAGUAGCUCUUAAGAAUUAUGUGAGAACAGAUUCUUCUCCAUUCUUUGGCUGUUCUGAUUCUUGUUUGUAAAGAUAUGGCAACUGGGCGUAAUUCAACCUCAAAAGUUAGCUCAUGAAGAGAGGAUUGUCCAAGUCCAUAUAAGCGAACCACCAAUCCACUCCCCAACUAAUGUGGUAUUUUUACCCACUCUAACACCCCCUUCACACCCAGGCUCAACUAGAGCGUGGAUCGGAAGCCCAAAUGGGGAUGGACCUUGCUCUAAUAUCAUGUAAAGAUAUGACACCUGGGCUUGAUUCUUUGCUGAAUGAAAUAUGCAUGUUGGUUCAUUUGAGGGUCUUAAGAAUUGAGAUAGAAGUUAAAUCCUUGCCUUUGUCUUUCUCAAACCUAUGAAGAUUCUGCUGUGAAGACCAAGGAAUAUGCUGAAGAUAUGAGGGGAGAGGACGAGCUUCAAGUCGUUGGCCGGAAUAAUAUCCCGUUAUUUAAGUAUCUUUAUUCAGCAUUAUGUGUGAAAAGUGACAGAAGAAACCAAGCAGAAUAGACAGUAAGUUAUGCUUUGCUGGGUAGAUUGUAUAUGAUUAAGAAAAUUCUGUUACAGUUGUUAUGAUACAUUUUGUGCGACUUUUAUAGAAUUAAAAGAGACUUUUUAGUUA